AUGGCCGACGCACAUGGCUCUACUACUCCUCCACCGCCAUCCAACAUCCGCACUCCACCAACUCCUCGCCUUGGUUACCAAGACCACUGGGAACCUUUUUCGCCUCGCAAGUCUGCACGAAUUUCAUCAAAACGAACAAGGACUCCAUCUCCCGGCGCAUCAGACCGUCAACCCCGAUCACCUCAAACCGCCAAAAAGUCUUCUAAGCAUUUGAACGCUGCUAUCGCCUCACCUAUGACGCAAAAGAAGCGAAUGCCCGCCAACGAUUUUGUUCGCCGCGCAACGGAAAACAUGCAUGCUGAAACUUCUCGAGAUGGCGCCAGCCGUCGCACUCACGAACGAUCCAGCUCUUCUGCCAUCGGCGCUGGUGGCAUGCUCCCCACACCAUCAAAGACACCUCAAAAGCCUCCCACUGAGAAGAAGACCGCCCACAUCAAAGCAGUCGCCCGCAACCUUUUUAGCUCUGACGCCGAUGAAGCCACCUUGACUCCUAGGAAGCGAUCUGCCAAGAAGUACAGCGGCAUUUCGUUGGAAAGCUUUGCUGUAGAGGAGAUUGAGGAACCUAUUGAGAUCUUUACUGAUACCCGUGAUCGGGUUCCUGUUCGUGAUGAGCGAGAAGACAACCCUUUUCUCAGUUCGGAAAACCCUUUCUUCAGCGAAGCACCCCGUGCUGGACCUAGCAAACGACACGACAAGCGCAAGGUCAAGGUUCCUGGAGAGGGCGUGAAGACCGUGGAUGAGCUCGCCGACCGUAAGGAUGGUAUGGUGUACACAUUCCGUGGCAAGAGAUUCUUCCGCAAAUUCACUGAGCAUGAGAUUGAAGAUAUGGAUGAGCGCCAAACUGCAGAGGAAGACCCAGAGGCUAAUCUUCGUCGUCCUUUGACGCGAGCUUCGAUUAAGCCUCGUCUCCUCUUCCAGGAUGUCAAGACGAAGGAGCAGAUCGAAGAAGAAGAAGCCGUCACAGACGUGGAAGAAAACGAGGAACUGGCCUACCCAGCGACGCCAUCAGUUUCCAAGAAAGAACGCGAGUCUACCCCCGAAGCGCCCAAGUUCGCUCCGGCUUCACCACCGUCUACUCGACGAGUCACUCGAUCUGCCAACAAGCUGACAGAUGAGAGCGCACCCGUCAUCAAGCGACCCAGCAAGCGAAGCCCCUUCGAUUCUUGGAGACGAACAAAGGAAAGCGCUCCCAAAUCGCCAUCGCGCAAACGAUCUGGAGAAAGCAUCGACACCAGGGAGACCAAGCGCAGCCGCGUUUAG